CAAUCAUCAUUUUAUCUUCAAUUCAACAGAUAACAUUAUAGAUAUUUCAACAAUGUGCCGUUUUACCUAAUAAACCUGAUAAAUAUGAUUUAUUUUUCAAAUGUACAUGUUGGAUAGAUUCAGUGAUUCUCUCUGUAAGAAUGGAUAUAAUAAUCUCAGGUUUACUUUUUAUGAUUUUGUUAUGCCGGUUUGACAUAACACUAGGUAAACAGUGUGUGAAACAUGAUAAUUGUAUAUGUGUGUUUGACGAUGACAGCGGGAUGAUAGAUCUGUCAUCUAUUGGUCGCACAGACGGAACACCAUAUUUUCUGGACAUACCUAGUAGUACAGAUGACUUUCAAUAUUCAUAUAAUCCAUGUGGAUCUUUUGACGAAGUUAGCUGUAUAGGUGUGGCUGCAUGCCAGUAUAGUCCUUAUCAAUUUAUUGGGUAUGAUAUUGGAGUACCAGACAAAGUUUCGUUCAACUAUGAUGGUCUAAAUGUCAUUGCUCAAUACAGCAGCGCAGAUGGAGUAAGAAAUAGUUUUGUCACUUUACUAUGUGACCCUGGAGCAACGAGCCCAGGUCUUGAUGUGACUGGGGAACUUGAGACCACUAAGUAUUAUAUGACAUUAACAGCAGCGGCGGCAUGUCCUGUACCAUCACCAUUUCCGUCAUUAUCAAGUAGUUCUGGAUUGAGCGGUGGUUCCGUACUUUUGAUCAUAUUUUUCGUAUUGCUGGCAGUUUAUAUAGCUGCUGGGGUAGCUUUUAACAAAUUCAAAAGAGGUGCAAAUGGGAAAGAACUGGUUCCAAAUUUAGGAUUCUGGGCAACGUUACCUGGCUUAAUUAAGGAUGGCACCAGAUUUGUACUGAGUAAAGUAUGUAAAGGCCGUGUAACAUAUGAACCUGUCUGACGUGCUUGGUGGAUCUGUUUGUAUGCUGGAGGUUUCAGGGAAUACAUUUUCUACAGUGCUCUUUGUUGCAAUCCCUUAGUUACAUUUCAAGACCAUAUGGAUCGUUUCUCAUAAUCCAUGUGUGUGUAUGCCGUGUCUACUUAUCUGUGUCACAUUUUUAGACCAUAUGGAUCGUUUCUCAUAAUCCAUUUGUUUGUAUGCCGAGUCUACAUAUCUGUGUUUCAUUUAAGAUCAUAUGGAUCAUAUCUCAUAAUCCAUGAACGUGUAUGCCGAGUCUACAUAUCUGAGUUACAUUUUAAGACCAUAUGGAUCGUUUCUCAUAAUCCAUGUGUGUGUAUGCCGUGUCUACUUAUCUGUGUUACAUUUUAGACCAUAUGGAUCGUUUCUCAUAAUCCAUUUGUUUGUAUGCCGAGUCUACAUAUCUGUGUUACAUUUUAAGACCAUAUGGAUCGUUUCUCAUACUCCAUGGGUGUAUGCCGUGUCUACAUAUCUGUGUUUCAUUUAAGACCAUAUGGAUCAUUUCUCAUAAUCCAUGAACGUGUAUGCCGUGUCUACAUAUCUGAGGUACAUUUUAAGACCAUAUGGAUCGUUUCUCAUAAUCCAUGUCUGUGUAUACCGUGUCUACAUAUCUGUGAUAAUUGUUUAUUCUAUAAAUAAAAGUUGCGCUGACAUGAUAUGAUAUUCAUCGUUCAAGGAUGUCUUUAAUGAAUGAGUAUAUUAUCGUCAUUAACUGUAUUAUAAAUGAUUCAUAUAUAAUGUAUGAUACAAUAUAUGUACGUAUACUU